GAUUGAUAUCUGUUUUUGUAACUAGUAACCGUCACAUUGAAUGUUUAUUUACAUUUUAUUGCAUAAGCCAAAUGUGAAAUUUUGAAAUAUGAUAGCGUUUUAUAUAUCUUCUUUCAAUUAGUAAGGCAUGAUCAGUUUAUAAAUAUUAACAUAAAUAAUAUACAUAAUAUAAUUUACCCUAAAAACAUUUAUUUUUAUGAAAAGUUGAUUAAUUUGAAUGUAAACCAAAGAUUGCAAACAUGUCCUCUGGUGUAAUAAUUGCUGGAGUUGCUUUAGCAGCUGCUGGUUAUACUGGUAGAUAUAUUGCCAGGAAUUCCAAACUAUGGGCUGAAGCUUUAGAAAAACAAAUGAAAGCAUUUCCAACAUCAUCUACAUUUGCAAAUAGUAAAUACUAUAAAGGAGGAUUUGAUCCAAAGAUGUCGCGCAGGGAAGCAGGUUUAAUUUUAGGUGUAAGCCCUGCUGCAAGUAAAGUUAAAAUAAAAGAAGCUCAUAAGAGAAUCAUGUUAUUGAAUCAUCCUGAUAGAGGUGGUUCACCUUAUUUAGCUGCUAAAAUAAAUGAAGCAAAAGAUUUAUUAGAUAAAAACACAUAAUAUUUUAUGUGCCCAUGUAGUUUUAUUCAAUUAAAUGUUAUGUUUUGAUUUAUUUUCGUGUUUAUAUUUUAAGUAUCAAUUACACUUUGUUGGUUUAAAUAUUUCUAUUUUAUUUUAGUCUAAAUAACCAUGAUUUACUGAUUAUGAGCAUCAAGUUAAUAAAAAAGUAAUAAAUUC